CUAAAACAUAAUACAGUGCAAACAAACCAAACAACCACCCACAGAUAACAGUACAUACAAGCAAGCGUCGUCAGGCAGGCCGGGUCAAUAUCAAUAGGGCAGGGGUAGUGUACAGGGGGGAGCAAGCGGAGAUGGGUCGGGGUCACAGGCCAGGGUUCAGCAGGUAGCAAGCAGCGUGGUACAGAGGGUCAGGCAGAGGGAUGGUCAGGAGCGAGCCGGGAUCAGAGCAGGAGGAGAGUCAGCAGCGGUUCAGAUCAGGCAGAGUCAGCAAAGGAACAGAAACAGGAUGCAACGGACAGAUACAGGGCCCAGGACAAACACAACACCAAGGCAGAGUCUGCAAGUCUGGCCAU